AAAACAGAAGAGAUUUAUUUUUUCUUUACAAAUGUUUUCCUAGAGAUCUCUUUCGCAACUCUAUGGGCCGAAACGCGCAGGUCUCUCGGGAACUAGAUGGAUUUUCUCGAAGUUACUUGGGAUCCACCGCAGCCGAUUUUGCGUCACUGGGAAUGUGGAUGCAAGCUUGCGGCGGGAUCUCGUACGCCUUCUCGCUCUGCUUGGGCGAUUUGAAGCAGGAGGGGGUGUAGGCAUUGUUUCUACUGUGCGCCUUUCGUGCUCCUCGUCGGUGGCUUGAUGCACAUGAGAAACUUUCCUUCGGAUAGAGGCGUGGUUGUAGGCCUUCUCCAAGAAUUUAUUGGCCUCAGUGGUGCCAUCUUCACUCAAGGUCUAUACUGCGGUGUAUGCACCACACACGCCCAUCCCUUCUUGUCUGUGCGAUGUUUCCACCAUGGGUGGCACUCGUUUCCAUGCUUUUCAUUCGUCCUAAGGAACAAGGACGAAUCAGACGAUGACAAAUUUACAACGCUUUUCAUACUGCAGAUGGGAGACAGAAGGUUCAUCUUGACGCUGAUAGUCUGUUCAUCAAGACAUUACUAGCUACAACUUUGUAUACAAUUGUCAAAUGCUUGAACUAAUCUCAAAGUGAUAAUUUUGAACCAAA